UGUACAUAUUUGUAUCGUGAAUAGUAAACACGUGCAUGGCCGCGAGCGAUACAAGAGGAUUGCUAGCUUUUACAUCCCGUUUUCACGUAAGCGCGUUCUGUUGCUCAGCCUUAGAUUUCAGGACAGCUGAUCCCCUCUACUUCGCCAGUUAGGUGGUUAAGGACAUUUGGGGUAUUUUCGGCUUGAGGGAGCCUGACGCACGCGCACCUCGGGGACGCCCUAUAAAACGAGAUGGGCGUCCCCGAAGCCGGGACAGAGGGGCCCCCUGGUGCCCAGCCCCCUGCUAUAGCUCAAACAUCGGGUACCGAGGUGUCACAGUCAGCUCAGGCGUUGCAGCAGUCUCAGCCAAAUGCUUCAACGACUCCAGGCACAGGACCAUCCGUAGUUUCUACUGGGGUAGUUGCUUCAAGUUCAAAUAUAUCUACUCAAUCGUCUGCGACGGCGUUUCCUGUGCCUAACUCACUGGGCCUGUAUGCAUCCUCACAAUCCGGCCUUCCCAUGGGCGCGCCACGGCCUGGUAUGCCUGCAACAAACCCGUUAUUAAACGCAUCUGCAGCUGCUCUUCAACAAACAACCGCAACGGCAGCGGCGAUGUAUAAUACGCUUUUGCGCUUUCCUUCGGCAGCAGCUGGUGCGCAAGGAACCGGGUCUGCAAAUCCCCAGCAGCUCACGCAACAGGCUCCUCAAGGGCUAAGGCCCUUAUAUCAGCCCGGCCUGACAGCUCAGUCGCUUCCUCCCCACGUCCUGCAAGCUAUGCAAGGCCUCCAGGCAGCUCAAGCCCAACUGCAAGCCACGGCGCAGGCCAACGCUGCAGCCCAAGCCGCCCACGCCCAGGCACAAGCGCAGCUGCAGGCAGCCGAAGCUGCCAAAGCGGCCCAGCAGGCCGCUGGUAGUAUGCCUCCCAGCGCCACUUCUCCCGAGACAAGCCAGCCAGGCGCGCUCGCAAACAACCCACCUGGUGCGCUUCCCCCUGCGCCAGUAGGCCCCGGAGGUAACGGCGCACCAGCUCCUGGCUCCUUGCAGCCCUCCGCUCUGCCGCCCAGCCCUGCUGCGGCGAUGCAAGCCCUUGCCUCCGCCCAAGCAGCGUUACAGGCUGCUCAGGCGCAGAUGGCAGCAGCAGCGGCUGCUGCCGCUGCUGCCGCCGCAGGCCAGGCCCAGAGCCAGGCGGCGGGUGGCCAGGGUGCAGCAGGCCAAGGACAGCCCGGCCAGGCUCCAACGCCCGCUCAGGUCCAAGCCCAGUUGCAGGCUCAGGCCAGCUUCCAAGCUCAACUCGUUGCGGCACAGCACCUUCGCAACGCCGCGGCCGCCGCGGCUGCAGGCGGCCAGCCAGGCCUCGUGCGGCCGCCCUUUCCGGGCGCCUUGCCAGGGCAGCAGCCCUCAGGCCCCGCCGCAUCCGCGUCCGGGCCAGGCGGCCAACCGGGCGCUGGCAACCCCCAGCCGCCCGCGCCGCGUCCCUUGCAGCAGCCCGGUGUGGGCCCAGCGGGUGCGAACCCCGUCCUUGCUCAGCCUGGAGUGGCGCCCAGCAUCGCUAGUCAGGCCGCUGCAGCAGCCGCAGCAGCUGCCGCGGCUGCUGCCGUAGCUGCCGGCCAACAGGGCAGGCCGCCCACCCCGCCACCGCCGCCCUCCAUGCCACCGUUGGGGCCUCCAGGGCCGUUGCCGGCCUCACCUCCUCCUUCUGCUGCUGCCGGCGGGGCUGCUGGGCCAUCUUCCUCGGCAUCGGGGCCCAUGCAAGCAGGCCAGCAGGGAAUCGCGCCCCCAGGACCCGCCGGACAAGCCGCUGGUCGCCCGUCGCUUUCGUCCAUCGCAGCCGCGGCGCCGCCUCAGGGAGGAGCCCCUUCCCCAGCAGGACAUCAGCAAGCUGGGGGCUCCGGCCCCACCUCUCCUGGAGGCCUGGGCGGCGGCACGGCUUCCCCGGUUCACCAGCAGCUGCAGCAGCAGAGCCAGCAGGCGCAGCAGCAGCAGCUGCAUCAGCAACAGCAGGCACAGCAGCAGGCACAGCAACAGGCAGCACAGCAGCAGCUGCAACAGCAACAGCAGGCGCAACAACAGAUGCAGCAACAAAUACAGCAGCAGGCGCAGCAGCUGCAACAGAUGCAGCAGCAAGCACAGCAGAUGCAGCAGAUGCCUUUGCACAUGCCUCAGAUUCAGCCGCCAGCACCCCAGCUGCCACCCCCCAUGCACCAGCUGCCACCACCGCCUCCCGUGCACCAUCACGCGCCAACUCACAUGAUUGCAGAGGAGGACGAGUCCUCGGAUGAGUCAGAGGGCGACACCACUUCUCCGCGGAAGCGCCGAGAAAAGCAGAAGAAGAACCAUCGAGGUGGCGGCGGCGGCGGCGGGGGCGGCGACGACGUUGUGUCCAAGGGCAAGAACAAGACGUAUCGAGGAGUGCGACAACGGCCUUGGGGGAAGUGGGCGGCGGAGAUUCGCGACCCAACUGUAGGAGCUCGCAGGUGGCUGGGCACGUUUGACACCGCAGAGGAGGCUGCUCGCGCGUACGACGCAGCUGCUCGCGCCAUCCGCGGACCGGCCGCCCGCUGCAACUUUCCGCUUUCUGCGAGCAACGAGGACAGCCACUACCACUCCCUCGAGGCUCAAGCCGUGGCUACGGUCUCAGCCGGAGGCGGAAUGGGUCAGGGCGGCAUGUCGCAGGGCAUGAUGGGCGGACCCAUGGGUCAGGGGCAGGGCCACAAUGGCGGCAUGGCGUUGGGCGCUGCGGGAGGCCCGGGAGGAAGUGGUUUGGGUGGUGCGGCGGGGCCCGGGCCGCCAGGGCAGGCGGGGCCAGGACAGUUGGGACCCAUGGGUCAGCUGGGCAUUCCGGAGGACCCGGCUGCUGCUGCGAUGGUGGGGCUGGGUGGAGUAUCAGAGCAGCCGAAAGGCAAGCCUCCAGGGCUGCGAGUACGGCCCCCCAAGAGCCAGAAGGGCGGCGCAAAGAGAUCAGGUGCGGACGAGCCGCUCAUUCAAUCCACCAUGCAUGGCGGCCUGGGUCCGGCAGACAUCCACGGAGCCAUGUCGGUCAACGAUGCCAUGGCAGCGGCGGGGUCGGGUGGCCCGCUGCUGGGGCCUAUGCCGGGACUCAACGGCGGCAGCCCCUCGAACUUCCUCCAGAUGCGCGUCAAGACCGGCCUCACCCCCAACUUCAGCGGCUGGCACGGCCCCGUGCCCUCCAGCAUCUUCGCCGGCUCCUCCGGCGGCGGCAUCAUGCUGCCCGAGUGGCCGCCCGCCGGCUCCAUCGGCAGCGCCGCGUCCAUGAUGAUGCUGGGCAUGUCGCCGGGCGGCGAGCUGGGCACCUCGUACGGCAACUACGGCAAGUCUGUUGACAUGCUGGACAUGUGUGCGCAGCUGAUGGAGGCUGGAGGGGAGCUGCUGGAGACGCCGUGGGGCUUGGGCAGCGGACAGGUCGUGGACCCCCUAGCCAACCUCGGCAGCCUUCGCAACGAGCUGGGCCUGCCGCCGGACUUCGCCAAGCACGAGCCGGGCGGCGGUGUGGGCGGUCCCGACGGCGACAUCGACGAGCGCGAGGUGCUGGACGAGAUGAUGAUCCUGGGUACCACACCCACCGACCUCUUCUUCCGCUCGCCAGCCCUCCCGCACGGCUUCCCACAAGCAGGAAACGUGCUGCCAAGCGCCGCCGUGGCGGCGGCGGCGCCCGCCGGUGGAGCAGCGGCUGGCGGCGGCGCUGGUUCCGCCGGCGCCAACACCGUCGCGGCCGCCGCCGGCGGCAGCGGUGGCGCAGGGGCCGUGGUAGCCAUGGGCGGUCCCUUCGGCUCCCGCGGCGGCAGCCCUCCCAGUGACGUGACGGGCGGCAUUCCGGGUGCGCUGGGCAGCUCACCGCUGAGUGCCUUCGUGCACCAGCACCUGGUGGGGGGCGGGGACACGCUGCUGGGGCUGGGGCGGCUGUCGGACGGUGAGGGGCUGCCGCAUGUGAAGCUGGAGGAUGAUGAGUACGACCUCAUGGGCAUGUCGCCGGACGGUCCCUCGCUGGCCGCUAACGGACUGGGCUUCCACCAGCCCGGGUUCGGCACGUUUCUGAAACACCAUGGGGCUGGUGGUUUGGCACCUGGGGCGGUGGCGGCGGCUGCGGGGGGGGCGGCGGGAGGUGAGCUGGGCGGUGCGGCGGGCGAGUCGCAUGAUGGCUUGCCGCCUGAGCUGCCCCAGGCCUUGUCGUUUUCGCUUGGGCUGCCGGGGCAGGGACAGAUGUGAGGACAGAUGUGUUUUGGCUGAGGAGAGCUGAGAGGCAUGGUGUGCGGAAGAAGAAGAGGAAGAACGAGCUUCAAGAUAUCAAGAAGUUAUUGAUGACCAUGCUGCUUAAGGUGAUGAGGCGGACAGGGAUUGUUGAUUGGGUUGGUAGAGGGUUGGUUGCUUUGUAGUAAAUGUGAGGGGCAUCUGCUUUGCCGGGCCUGUGUCUGUUCUUUGCCCAAUUGUAGCGCGCAUGUGCUUCUCACAGCGCUCGCGUGUAAGUGUACGUGUACGUGUGUAAAGCGCUGUGCAGAAAGGAACCCCCGUGUGCACUUCCACUUGUUUUGUAAAUCUGCGUUAAUGGCUGUGCGAUAAUAUUCUGAAGGAUUGUACGUACGUGUAAGUUUCAGCGGUCUAGGGGCGGCGGCGUGUUGUCAGGAAGCCUGCUUACUUGUGUCAAUUCAACCCAACAAAAAAGUGUUGCUUUGUGUGUGCUCUGCCUGCUUGCGACUCCUGUUCCUAAGGAUUUGGUAUUUGCGUGGGUGUUUCUUGCUUGCUGCUUGCUUGGUUACAUGCGCACUUGGGGGCGACCUCACACUGUACGGACAUGUAGUGCGGUCCGUGCGUUAAAGUGCAGAUUGCUGAUGGAGAUGACAGUUGGGUUGGGAGGGAACGUUUCACUCUUAGCUGGGUUCAAGGGGCACUUGGUAAGGUGAUUGUUUAAUCACCCGGCAGGCCCCGGUUAUCAUACUUGGAAGCGUUUUCAGGUUGCGGGUUUGGCUUGGCUUUGCAGAAACGGGCAGAGCAACGACGGAUGGAAUCUGUUUUCGUCUUUUGAGCGUUUGCGUUGUUGCGUCACGCAUGGGACCGACAGACCAUGUGUACUCUCACGCAUAUUCACGUAAUGACGACAUCCUCCAAUGAAAAAUCACGGAAUGCGGGGGCUAUUCCCAUGGUUUCUAGCUUUUCCUUGACCACCACUCCCAGGGCGAUGGUUGCGCUCUGUGGUUAGAUUGUCUCCCGGCUUUUCGUUUGGUCUCAUCCUGCUGCCCCAUUUUGCAGGUUGCCUUUUGACUUGGCCGCUAGUCGUUGGUCGUUGACUUUGGCCUUUUUGAACGCAGCGAUUGUGCCUAGUAGUAUACGUUGUGCAGUUCGCGUCUGCAUCAUGAACCAAGCCUGGGACCAAGAUUGGGCUCUCUUGCUGCACUACCUUUCCAGUUUCCUAGCCUAUUCCGAUGCCUGCGGGUGGCGCGGGUUGAUUGUGCUGCGUUCUCGCUCCCUAAAGGUGAGCUGGUAGCAGCAGCUGCCCUGCGCGUUCCCAGCCUUCCCUACCAGGCAUAUUACCAUUUGCAAAGGACGUCAAAGGGAACACAAGGUGCAUAUGGCCGGGCAUCGGGCUCGGGAUUGAUCUGCUUGGGACAUUCUUUGCGUGUGCGUGUGCGUGUGCGUGUUUCAAUCAAUUGCCUAUGGGUGUUGUGUGGGUGUGGUAACCACAGCUGGUGUUGUGUGGCGUAAAGUGUAAAGUGUAUAUCUGCGCAGCCUGUGCGGCCCCGCAUGUUGGCUCUGCUCACAGCCCUGUGCGGUGGCUAAUGUUUGAUGCUUUCCGGAGGGUGGGGUAGUGAUGAGCAUUCGCCGCCUGCCUCUGUCAAGGAUGGGUGUGUGGGUCAGCAGCUCCUUUGCUGCUUGCGCUAUUUAGCUGCUGCUGCUGCUACUACUACUACUACUAGUAAUAUACGGCAGUGCGCUGGGCUGCUCAGCCGGCAGGCUGACUUUACCGUACGCGCUCCGUACGCUUUUGCAGUGUUUCUGCUUCCUAAAAGGUUCGAGGAGGUUCUGUGCCGAUUCAACUACUCAGGUAGCAAACGUCCAGAUCUAGGAUGUGGGGGAUCCUGGACAUGCGGAGCGAGUUCAGUUCGGUAACACGGGGUGUGUUAGGAAGGCCCUGCGGUUAUGUCCUGGCCGCUGGCGGGCAUGGGUGUGACCGCGACGCUGCUGGCUUGGCUUCGUUUGACGCUCAAGACGUUUCAAGUAAAAGAAACACCGGUUAUGGGUUCUUCCCUCCUUGCAUGUACGGGUUUUCGUUGGGAAGCUAACAACCAACUCUGACGAGGCUGGGUCCUCAUAGACACGCUUUCGCCGCGUUUUCUUUGCUCAUGUAUUGAGGUCUUACUAGUUUACAACUUUGUUCUCGAUGGGACGUUCGGCGAUCGGGGACGCUUCCGUUGGACGCAGCCUUGGCGCGGGUGGUUGCAUGAGUGCUGCGGGAUUUGCUCGGGAAAGGCGGCCUUGGCCGGUAGGGGUGGUGUGGCUUGAGUUGAUUGGGUCUGGAAGAUGCCGCAAGACUACUGGCUUCAUUGCCUCCUUUGGCUGUCAUGCGCCGCUGCUAAUGGGAGGGUGAUGGCUGCGGGGUUUGAGGGGAGGUGGCGGCGACGUGGAGAAGAAAGCGGGGCGGUGGGACCUCAUGGGGCAGGUCCUGGCUGCCUUACGGCCUGCAUUGGGUGUAAUAAUCUGUGGGUAAUGCGCAGUAUUUGCGCGUUCAUGGUCCUCUUUGUCCUCCUGGUUGCAACACAGGC